UCUCCGACUAUCGCCUUGUCACUUUGAGCAGGGCAUGAGGUCGUUGAUUGUUGGAUAUAGGACUCUAGACUCGGACUAGACGCUUGACGGACAGCUCUAUGUUCUGGCAGAGAAGUCGUAGCACUUGGAUGCGUGUUGCAGGAGACCCUUGCCAACCGUUCACUGCAUCCAGAAUGGCACGGCUUUGAAAUAAUGGAGCUCAUAUCUCAGGAUAUCUCAGGAAGAAGACAAACAUUCGACUCGCGCAGUAGAUGCCGUGGUUUACAAUACGUCGAUGAUGGUGAGGGAAAAGACGAUGACGAUAGCUUGCCGACCUGGACAAACACUUGGAUUCCAUUGUUCCCUUCAUAGAGUGAGGUCCUAUAUUAAAAACACCGCUGGUGUUUGUACGGCAAGAUUACACCAAAAAUGGAUUUCUCAAAUGCCAUACUCGUCUCCCUGACACUACCGCUAAGCGGCAUUUUAUUAAUUCAAGUACGACUCGCUUCCUUCGAGAGGGCUAUCAGUCUUAUUGGCAACGGUUCUCAACAGCGGCCGUUAAAAAAAAAAAAAGUUCGCUUGUGCUAUGUUGCCGAGUCAUCUCCGCGGAGUUGGUACAAGUUUGGUGGAGAGAGAGCCCUAUUCCGUGAAGAAUGGGAAAUACGGUCAGUCAGAAGAUAUAGAAACCGUGAGGUUCGAGAGGCCAUACCGAAACGUGCACGACGGGCUAGUCCCCCCUCCGACACACGUCCGCGGCUUUUCUCAACAUUCUUCUUGUUCGCCAAUCAAGUUUUUUUUUUUUUUCGCUCGGGAUUGCCACGUCUCUCGUCUCUUUUUAGGUUCUCACCUUCACCGAUCGUGUUACUGCAUCGCUUUGCGGUUCUCAUCAAAACUUAA